GCUUGUGCCCCGAAGCAGAAUGCUGUAGUGAAAAUGGCUGCGCCUGACACUGUACAUUCAGAUGAGAAAGAACCUGGACUGGAGCCUAGACUUCAUGAUACUCCUGAAGACAUUUUCUUUGAGGCAGCAGCAAAUACCAUUGACUUCCACCCAUCCCAGGACAUCAUAGCUAUUGGAGAUGUUGAUGGUGAUGUCUACGUAUACUCAUAUUCCUGUUUGGAAGGUGGAAACAAAGAACUUUGGUCCUCAGGUCAUCAUUUAAAAUCCUGCCGGAAAAUAUCCUUUUCACAAGAUGGACAAAAACUUUUCACAGUGUCCAAGGAUAAGUCUAUUCAUAUCCUGAAUGUGGAGGAAGGCCGUCUUGUGACACGAUUCUCCAAGGCUCACAACUCAGCUUUGAACAGCCUGUUGGUGAUAGAUGAGCAUUUGUUUGCCACAGGAGAUGACAGUGGAGUGUUGAAAGUAUGGGACCUGCGCAAGGGCACGUCCGUCAUGGAAAUGAAGCAGCACGAGGACUACAUCAGUGAUAUGAUCAUAGAUAGAAACAAAAAGCUGCUUCUCACUACCAGUGGAGAUGGAACAAUGGGAGUCUUCAACAUUAGGAGAAGGCGUUUUGAGCUUCUCUCAGAAUCUCAGAAUGGAGACUUAAUGGCCAUAUCUCUGAUGAAAAGGGGAAGGAAGGUAGCCUGUGGCUCCAGUGAGGGAACAAUUUACCUCUUCAACUGGGAUGGUUUUGGCGCCACUAGUGACCGUUUUGCACUGAAGGCAGAAUCCAUAGACUGCAUGGUUCCCAUAACUGAGAGCAUUGUGUGCACAGGUUCCACUGAUGGAAUCAUUAGGGCAGUAAAUAUCUUGCCCAAUCGAGUGAUAGGAAGUGUCGGGCAGCAUAUGGGUGAGCCUAUUGAACAGCUGGCUAAAUGUCAUACAGGACAAUUCCUGGCCAGUUGUGGCCAUGACCAAAAAGUGAAAUUCUGGGACAUCUCUUCACUUAGUUCAGUGAUUGUGGAUGAUUAUAGAAAAAAGAAGAAAAAUAAGCAACUGAAGCCUUUAAGUCGCAAAGCAUUUGGCAAUGGGGAAGAUUUCUUUGCAGACUUGAAAGCGGUGGCAGCAGACUUGGAGAAAGAGAAUGAUGGACUUUCUGAGACUGACAGCGACUGAAAGACACACACUGAUCCAAUUAGAGGCUCAUUUCUUUGAACGGACAUUUUUGGAAAAGCUCAGCUAUGCUGCAUUUUUCAUACUGAAGAAUAAGCUUCAGGGUAUUUAAACUUGUGCUCUGUGGGCAAAGUCUUGAUAGCCUAAUAAAACUAAUAGCACAGAA